UCCUAAUCUCUCUUUCCCUUCACUCUCCAGUCCAGCGGGUGGCGCUAAAACACAUUCUUUGCCAAACACCGUUAAACCUCAGAAGAAGAAGAUUUGUUUUAACGCGCUCUCUGUUGUUUUGUCGUGAUGCUGGUUUAAUACAAACGUCAUGACUAGGUUUUGAAGCAAGCAGGAAUAUCUGGAGGAGUAUCAUCUGAACUGAGAUCUGCAUCUGCUGCUGUGAAAAUGGAGUUUGUUAAAAAGGAGAGUGAAGAGAACAGGAGUGAACCAGGAACCUGGAGAAUAAAACACGAGGAACCAGAAACCUGGAGAAUAAAACAAGAGGAACCAGAAACCUGGACAAUAAAACACAAGGAACCAGAAACCUGGAGAAUAAAACAAGAGGAACCAGAAACAUGGAGAAUAAAACAAGAGGAACCAGAAACCUGCAGAAUAAAACAAGAGGAACCAGAAACUAUAAGAAUAAAACACGAGGAACCAGAAACCUGGAGAAUAAAACAAGAGGAACCAGAAACCUGCAGAAUAAAACAAGAGGAACCAGAAACUAUAAGAAUAAAACACGAGGAACCAGAAACCUGGAGAAUAAAACACGAGGAACCAGAAAUAAAACACGAGGAACAACAAAUAAAACCUGAGGAACCAGAAAUAAAACACGAGGAACCAGAAGGCCUGAUGAAAAUGAAAGAAGGACAACAUCUGAAUGAGGUGGAGGAGAAAUAUCAGGAUCAGAAAGAUCAUGAUGUCAAUGGAGAAAAAUCUGUGAGUUGCAGCAUUAAAACAACAGAAGUGAAGAAGCCUUUCAGCUGCGCUCAGUGUGGAAAAAGUUUCACGUGUAACAGAAAUCUUAAGAGGCACAUGUUGAUUCACGCUGAAACAAAGCCUUUCAGCUGCUCUCAGUGUGGAAAGAGUUUCAAACUGACCACAGACUUAAAGGACCACAUGCUAAUUCAUUCUGGAAUAAAGUCUUUUGUCGGCUCUCAGUGUGGAAAGAGUUUUAUAAAAAAAGGACAGCUUGAUUAUCAUUCGAUAACUCACACUUUAGAAAAACAUUUUAUCUGCUCGCAGUGUGGAAAGAUUUUUGCCCAGAAAGCAAGCCUUGAGAAGCACAUGUUAAUUCAUGCUGGAAUAAAGCCUUUCAGCUGCUCUCGGUGUGGAAAGAGUUUUCCAGAGAAAGGACAGCUUGAGAAGCACAUGUUAAUUCAUGUUGGGAUAAGGUAUCAUAACUGCUCUCAAUGUGGAAAUACUUUUACACAUAAAGGAAGCCUUAAGAAGCACAUGUCAGUUCAUACUGGGAUAAAGUCUCAUAGCUGCUCUCAAUGUGGAAAGUCUUUUACACAGAAAGCAAGCCUUAAGAGGCACAUGUUAAUUCAUGCUGGGAUAAAGCCUUUCACAUGCGCUCAAUGUGGAAAGAGUUUUACACAGAAAGGACACCUUAAUAUUCAUUUGGUAACUCACACUUCGUAAAAUCCUUUCUGCUGCUCUCAGUGUGGAAUGUGUCUUACAUAUAAAUCAAACCUUAAGAGGCACGUUAAUUCAUGCUGGGUAAAAGUCUUUCAGCUGCUCUCAGUUUGGAAAAACCUUUAACACAGAAAGGACACUGCAAGAUUAAUUUGGUAACUCACUCUUCGUAAAAGUCAAUCACCUUAAAUAGUUAAAGUGAAUGACUUGUAACCUACUGGAUCAACUAUUCUUUAUUAUAUUUAUCUUGUACACAAAAGUCUGUAAGAGUUAUAGAAAUAGGCAUAUUAUAAAAUCUGCUGGUGAUUCUCUAAUUAGCUUAGUAAGAAAGGAGGACUUCAUGUUUGGUUCUGUGGUUGAUUAAUUUUAUUAUCUGGUGUCAGAAUGCUUUCUUAAAACUUUUUACGUUUUCACCGCUGGUAUUCAAAAUAAACCUUCGAAGUGAAACGAGUGUGACACAUGCAUAGCUCGAAAGCUAUACAUAGCUUGUGAGCUUUUAUUAUGCCACAUUCAAAUGCUUCCACUGCUUCCGGUUGUGCGUAUGAGGUGUAAAGCAGUGCUGUUUUAUAAUACAAGAUACAUUUGAAAGUCCUGUUAUAAUGCUGCUCUGUGCGGUUGUCACCGGUCUAUUAAAACGCACAACAUAUUAAAGUGUCUUUGGUGUUUCCAUGUUUUCUACAAAAGGGUUUAUGACGUCAUUGGCAGGCAACACAAUGACACUGGACACUGUCCUUGUAACUAGUUAAAAUUGCUUAUUUCUCUAGAUUUAAACAAUCUUCAAUAUUUUAAUAAAACAUUCUUACAUAUAUUGUACAUAUCUUUAAUGUUUCUAAAACUUAGAAGAUGACUAUUGAUUUUAACUCUUGGAGUAAAUCUAUUUAGUAUAAGCAAACAAGCAUUAAUGGAGUAGGUAUUGUGAGUGUUUAACAGUACAAGUAUUUAGGUACCGUUUUGGAUAACAAAUUAUUUUCUCUUACUACUGACCGAUUGUGUUAGAGGGGGCAGUAAAAUAUGUAUUGUUUGCGGAAACUAAGGUCAUUUAAUGUGGACAGAACAUUGAUGUGCAUCUUCUACAGAUCGUAUCUUGAGUUACUAUUAUCUUUUUCACUGUUGUGCUGGUUUAAUUCUAUAAAUGUGAAAACAAGAAUUGUCUUGAGAGGACUAUAGACCAUGGAAGUGAAAUAACGGGAGGAAGCAGAUGAUUAUGAUCCAGUUAUAUCAUAGACAAGUUUUGGGUAAAGCCCAGAGCUUUUAGUUAGUUUCACCUUCUCCCUUCUGGUAUUCGUUAUAGAGCCCCUAUAAGUAAAACAAAUUGGUUUAGACUUCCAUUUAUCCCCUCAGCUGUAGAGUUUUAAAGUUUAAGUUAAGAGCUUAUUAGGAAUUAAAUGGAUUGUGUUUUUUUUUGUAUUGUGGUUUGGUUAUGUAAAAUGUUUGAUUGCUGAUGCCAAAUUGGUGAAAUAAAGAUGAACUGAACUGAACCUG